GUCCCACUGUUGAAGGGGUGCUGAGAAGAUGCUGCUCUGGGAGUUCCUGCUGUUGCUUCCCCUGCUUGCAGGGAGCUCAGCUCAGGACUGCAUUGAGAUACCGGGGUCAUUAAAGCAGAUUGAUGCCAGUAAUGGGCAGGUGUUUGGAGUGAACAGCGCAGGCAAUAUUUACACGCUAUACGGAGACAGCUGGGCUCAGGUUCCGGGCUCCUUGAAACACGUCACGGUUGGUCCUGCCGGAGUCUGGGGUGUGAACAACAACGACAACAUCUACAAGCUGGUGGGAGGAAGCUGGCAACAAGUCACAGGGCUGCUCAAGCAAAUUGACGCGGGUGGAGACAUGUUUGUCGCUGGUGUCAGCAUGUAUGAUGGCAUCUACUGUCUGUCUCGUCCAGCAACGGUCUCUGCGAACAGUGACUCUGCCUUGCCCUGGGUCAAUAUUGCAGGAAGUCUGAAGUACUACAGCUGUGGCUUGUGGGGAUGCUGGGGAGUUAACUCAGCUGAUAAUAUCUAUUUCCGGUUCGAUGUCACCCCGGACUCUUGUGCAGGAUCCAGGUGGGAGUACGUUCCAGGCAAGCUGUCCAUGAUUGAGGUCGGGACUGAAGGCUCUGUCUAUGGUGUGACCAGUGCAGGACAAGUAUUUCGCAGGGAUGGAAUCACUAAAAGCAACCCCGUCGGCACCACCUGGACCCAGGUGGCCAGUUUCAUCUGCAACUGCAAACAUGUGUCCUAUGACCUGGGCCUGCUGUGGCUUAUCACUGACCAGGACAAGAUUGUGAAAUGCCGGAUCUAAAUGAGACUCCCGCCAUCUCAGCCUCACCAUGAUUAACAGUGUCCAUUUAAACUCUUUCUCUCUCUCUAUCCCCCAAAUCUUAAUUUGUACCAGCCUCGGCUGAGCCCCGGCACCUCUUGGCUUGGCAGUUCAGAGCCCCGGCACCUCUGGGUUUGCCAUGUCACUUAUAAAGUAACAAAUUGCUUGAGCCCCAGCACCUCUUUCAUUGCAAAUGAAGCCCUGCUCCACUGCCUUGUCCAGGUUUUCUACAUUCCUUCUCCAGCCAGUGGUGUGAAGCUUUUGUUCCAAGGGUAAAAUCAAGUCCCACAAAAUAGAGCCAAGAAUGUUCAUCGUUACCUGCUCCUUCUCUGCCUCUGCUGCCCCCGGCCCCACCCCCGGACGCACAUACUUCUCCUCUGAUAAAAUCCAAUGGCUGGAAACUGAACACAGCAAGGUCCAAGCUGAAAACAAAGGGCAGUGUUAUAGCUAGGAGGGAAGUCAACCAUACGAACGGAUCCACAAGGGAUGUGGUAAAUUCUCCAUCACUUGGAGUCUUUCAAUCGAGACUGGAUGUCUGUGUAAAUGCUGUGAUAUACUC